AAAAAUAUGAUUGUUUAAAGUGUAUAUAGCGGGAGUCGAUGUGAAUAUUGUAACGGACUACAGCUGCUGUCCUGAAGAAGAUGUGAAGAUGCAAGCUACAAACUGUUCAGAGGUUCCUGCCCAGAUUAGUAGUGCCAAGGGACCAGCGAUGGGAACAUCUUGUGCAGCGAUUUCCUGUUUGUUGCUGAGUGUGGGAGCGGUGACGGCCCAGACAGCUCAGUCUCAGAUGAGUGAGCGUGCACUGCCUCAGUGGCUUACUGGCAUCAUCGCAGUCUCCGGCUUCCUCUUCCUGUCCUUCGUCGGCUUCCUAGUGAAGAAGGCCUGGUGUGAGAAGCACAACAGGAUCAAGACCACUGUGGAGUCGGUGAGAGAAAAUGAUUAUGUCAUUACAGACGAAAACACCUACGAGACCAGCCUGGACAUGGUCAGAAGCAAAGAAGACAUGAACGCUUACGACAACCUGGUGAUCGACUGCACUGAAGACAAGGUUACCACCAUGUGACUGUCCUGCACUGAUCCUAUUAGCUGUCUGAAUGUCGUCCUCACCAACUCUGGACGGAGAAAACACACACAAUUAUUUUUUUACAGACAAUGUUGUCUUUGUUUUGUCGGACCGGUUGUCCCUAGCGGGUGGAGCUUAGAGUGAAGAACUUCAGAUAUCAUCCAUGUUGAAUUGACUUACAAAUAUCUUCUGUGACCGUUUGAUUUGUUUUUGUUCUCAUUGUAUCUUCAAAUUCUAUCAUUUAGCAGAAAGUACAAGAUUAUUAUAUGGUUUAUUAAUAAUUUGUGCAAAAUGCACGUUUUUCAGUCACCUCUUGAUAUUCCGAGCAGUAAACACCAGGAAAGCAGCUGUUUGUCCUGUGAU